GGCGGGGUCCAGGUCUCUGUCAGGUGUGCUGGAACAUAGCUCUCCUGUCUGCGGCUGCCCCACUCCUCGCACAGACCCGGGUCACACAGGUGUGGCUGAGCUAUUUUUUCCCCCACUUUACUCCAGUUCUGUCCAGGGCUAAUUUCAGGUACACAGAGACACCCUGACACUGAAGAGGAGCAUUCUCAACCCAGCGCUGGGAGUGGAGGCUUGACUGGUGUGUUCUAGAACACUCAGGACUGGCAGAGUUCCACUGGUAAUCACAAGGGCACUGGGGGAAACUCCCAGCCACCAGAGGAUACCCUCUUAGCCAGAGGCACUGAAGUCACACGCUUUGUGCAUUAACUGUGCACCUGAGCUACCUCAUCACAAGCCAGGGACACCAGAAGGGCUUAUCCUGGGAGGCAGGUCAGCUUCCACCUGUCGGUCACCGUCCUGUCCCUUCGUCUGUCCUUCUUUGGACCAAGAGCCAUGAACCUUUCUCUGGACAACCCCUACGGAGAGGUGACCAUCCCUCGUGCCAAGCUACGCACCUCAGAGGACACCUCCACAGUCAUCGCCAACCCUCUGGUGGUUGACACCAGCCUCUACUCCACCCAGGCCAGGCACAACUCCGCCCUCAACCCCUACGGCAGCUUCAAGCCCCCCGGCGACGAGUCGGCGCAGGGCGCUCCCGAAUCCCGCGACGGGUCCGCCCAGAACCCCCCGCCGUAUGAGGCCCAGGCUGCCUACACCGUCAAGGAGGACCCGGAGGAAGUGGGCCGCUGCAAUGCCUGCUGCCGCCGCUGCCGGAAGAAGUGAGGCACGUUUCCGCCCGGUAGGUUUUCGCCGCCGCACCGCAGAGGCUGCCAGACUCAAAGGGGGAGGAGCCUAAGGGCUGCAUAACCUGACUCUCCCUGCUGCUUCCAUCAGAACGGCCAUUUUGACUAUGGAGAGAGACCUCUUUGGGGACGUAAGGCAGACAGCUGGGUGUGCAUUUUGCCACCAUUCUGCUUUAGCCCAGACAGCUUGUGCCACGCCCUCAGUCAUUGGAUCAGAGUUAUAUAAAAUAAAGCUACACGAGUCUAUUUCUAUGCUGGAUUGAAAAGACUGACUUUUUGUGAUCUACGUUAUAUUUUAUAUGCAUUACAUUUUAUAUUGCUGUGAUUUUGCUCUGUUUGGCCCCAAAACUUUUUUUUCCCUGUUUAUGAGAUGUCUUGACAGUACAGUUUUGAGCCACUACAAUCCCAUGAUGCACCUCCCUAUCUUAUUGGGAGUGGCAGGGUUACUGUUAACAACA